UUCAAGAAUGCCGAGAACUAAUUCGCGGGAAAAGCGAAGAAGAAAUCCGCAUUUGGAGAUUGUAAGGUUAGUGAACUUUUUUCGUGUCGAGCUGGUGAUACUAUACUAAUGAGUUUAUCACGUUUUUUUUGCUGAAUUACUUGUGAAAAAGUAUACAGACGAUUUUGAGAGUGUCAAAAUGUUGAGAUUUAUUGAUCCAAGUUGCUGCAAAUUUUCAGAUGAACCCUUUCUUAGAAGAUGCGGCAUUAAUUGUUCAUCAUGUUUCGUUAUGGUUUUCUUUUUCAGAACUUUGAACAAUGGCAGAAAAACCAGAAGAUUUGAAUCUUCCCAACGCAGUUAUUUCACGCCUUGCUAAAGAUGCACUCCCUGAAAAUGUUAACAUAUCCAAAGAAGCCAGAACUGCCAUAGGAAAAGCUGCCAGUGUUUUUGUUCUUUAUGCUACCUCAUGUGCUAACAACUUUACACAAAAGCAGAAUAGGAAGACAUUAACUGCACCUGACGUCUUUGAAGCUUUAGAGGAAAUGGAAUUUGAGCAUUUCAUUAAACCUCUUAAAGAAAGCCUAGCUUUGUUCAGAAAGGAACAAAAAGGUAAAAAAGAAGCAGCUGCUGAAUCAAAACGAAAGAAGAGUGAUAUUGCAUCUGAACCAGAACCAGAAUCAAAACGUCAAAAAAUAGAAUCUGAGGACAAGGAAAAAUCGAAAGAAAUUAAAACAGGAGAAGCCCAUGAAGAUACAGAAAAUGAAGAAAAGCCUUAAGCAGUAUUGAUCUUAUAAGAGAGAUAAAAAAAAAAAAAAA